UUUCACACAGCCAGUAUAAGGUCUCCUACCAAACUCCUCUCUUCACUCUAACUCGCACUUCCUGUUUCUAUGCACUGCCAGGAGGGUGAUGCAACAAUGGCCUUGAGAACAGCAGGAAGCGUGUUGGUGGUCCUUCUCUUGUCUGUGGCAGCAACUACGGCAACACAGUGUGGACAGAAAAUCCAAGUGAUGGUGUCUCCCACCAAUGCAGUGUGGGGACAGAAUGUGACAGUAACCUGUAACACCACCUGUACUCUGACUGAUAACCCCACCUACAUCUGGUACAUGAACGGACAACGUCUAUCAUCGUCAUCCAAGUCCAGAUUGUCAGCUACCAGUUAUCAUUCAGCCAGUUACUCCUGUGCUGUAAAAGGCUUUGAGGAUCUCCUCUCUCCUGCAGUGUGUGUUUUCGGUCAUUACUGUUUCAACGUGACUUACACCCAUCAGAGUAUCUGUGCUUUGAAGGGCUCAACAGUGGAACUGCCCUGCACAUAUAGACACCCAAAGAGUCACAACGUUUUAAAAGCAAACUGGUAUAUCCAAGAGAAACGCGAUGAAGUGCUAAAAGUCCUGAACUUGGAUCGUGCUGAGUACCUUAAGACCCCCCCAAAAUACCUUGCGAUUCAAGAGAAGGACUGCACCCUGAAAAUCACAGACCUGAGAAAGAGAGAUUCAGCUGAGUACAAGUUCAGAUUUAAAACACAGUAUGCAGAAUGGGGGUACAGCUUCCCUGGAACAACUCUGAUUGUCACAGGUCUGCAGGUGAAGGUGACUCCUGCUGCAGAGGGACAGAAGACACUGACCUGUAGCACCACCUGUACUCUGACUGAGAACCCCACCUACAUCUGGUACAAGAACGGACAACAUCUCACCAACUCAAUUAUCAUAUCUACUACUACAACUACUAACACAGGUACUCUAGAUAACUCCCUGAUCCUAGACCCAGUCAGCAGUGAGGAUGCAGGCAGAUACUCCUGUGCUGUAAAAGGCCACAAUAAUCUCUACACUCCUGAAGAGACUCUGACUGUCAUUUAUCCUCCAAAGAACACCUCAGUGUCAGUCAGUCCCUCUGGUGAAAUAGUGGAGGGCAGUUCAGUGACUCUGACCUGCAGCAGUGAUGCCAACCCACCUGUGGACAAAUACACCUGGUACUUUCAAAAUGAGACUUUAAUAAAUGGAUUCGAACAGAUCUACAACAUCACCAACUUCAGGUCUGAAGACAGUGGACAUUACCAUUGUGAGGCCUGGAAUAGUAGAGGAUCUAGGAACUCUACAGCUCUGAUUAUUAUAACAGUGAAACAAACCUCACUUAUGACUGCAGCUGUAAGAAUCAUAGGUGUUGUUCUGGUCCUCAUCCUCUGUCUCUCUGGCUUCAUGUGGUUCAGGAAGAAGGCCUCCAAAACCAUCUCUGACACAAGGGACACAGUAGACAAUGGACAGGGAAACUCUAGUCCCAUAAAUGACAACAUAUCGGGCAUGGCCAUGACCCCUACUUCAGUACAGAGAGCAGACACAGACAACCAGGAUGACGUUCACUACACCAGCAUCCACUUCUCUGGCUCCAAUAACCAGGAAGUGCAUCUGUACUCCACCGUCCAACUGCCUCAAACCCAGAAAGAGGAUGAGGAUGUCCAAUACGCUGUUGUAAAAUUCAACCGCCCCAGUGCUGCCCCCUGACCUCUCUCACAGGCAGCUGAGGAGGACUCCUCUGUGUUCUAUAGAACAGUCAACAAACCCAGAACCAAGAAGACUUGAACACAAGAUGAUCUCUGCUGUGUCCCAAAUGGUACUUUGUUCACUCUAGUGCACUAUGUAGAGUCCUGUGUGGCUCAGUCGGUAGAGCAUGGCGCUUGCAACGCCAAGCGUCGUGGGUUCGAUUCCCGCUGGGGCCACCCAUAUGUAAAAGUAGUGGCCCCAGCCGACUUGUAAGUCGCUUUGGACAAAAGCGUCUGCUAAAUGGGAUAUAUAUUAUUAUAUAUUAUAUAUUAUAGGGAAUAGGGUGCCAUAUUGGAUGUACUCUGAACACCAGGCGACCUGAACAUAAGAUGACUCUGCCUGGGAUUCAAUCAAAUUAUGGACAAGCAUACUGCACUUUAAUUUUAAAGUUAAUUUAAAACAACAUCCGCAGCAUUUAGCGCAAGUGUGAUCUCUGCAAACGUCAGGAAAAUUGCCUUUAAAAGCCUUAUUGUCCGCAGAAGACUAUCAACAAGCAUUUCACUACACCAACACACCCGCAAUAACAAUGCAAAAUAUGUGUGACCAAUAAACUUUGAUUUGAUUUCAUA